CACUGGGGAAUGGACAGAUGGGAAUGUAAUAGGGACCUUAGAUUGUAAGCUCACUGGGACAGGAACUGAUGGGAUUGUUACUGACUGUCACCCAUUGACUGUCACCCACCAAAUCAGACUCACUGACUGUCACCUAAUGAAUGGGCAUCAUUGGGUGACUUGUGGCAUCAGCGGAUGAAAUUAUAUAAUUUUGGGUGUUUGGAGGAAUAAAUGAACCCGGGGGCAGUGGGAAUGAGGAUUCUGGUGCUGAGUGACACCCAGAUCCAAUGUUUACAGAAGAGACAACAGGCUGCACCCGAUUAGGCCCCUCCCUUCCUUCCUGCUGUACAAAUAUUCUUCCUUGUGUUGCUCAGAUCUCCUGUGAGUUGGUUACAGGCUGGGGCCUCUGAUUUCUCUGCACAGUCUGCGAGUGGAACAGGUUUGAAAUCUUCCCUGGCAGCCAUGUCCCAUGGUGGACAAGACCCUGUCCAACCCAUCCAGACUCAACCUCCAUGGCAAAGUACUUCUGGGACCUCCCACCAGGGCCACUAUUCCAUCCCAUACCCUGUUGUACCCCCAGGAAUUGAAUUUCUUCUAAUGGUGGAUAAAGUUUUGUUCUGGAAAAACGUCUUCCAGACUCCUGAUGGACGAAUCCUUUAUUCUGUACACAAGGACUGGGAGUGCUGUGGCAACCCUCUGAUACUCAAGUUAAAAGAUCCCUAUGAACGGGAGAGUCUGCGUGCGCAUUUAUUCUCUGGAAGUGAGUGCUGUAACCCCUACACAAAGCUGCAGGUUGCAGCCCCGCCAGGGGACCCCAUUGCUUUUGUGACGUACCAAGAUUCUAGAAGUGGCCUGAAAUUCUCCAUCAAUGACGAACAGCGGAAGCCCAUAUUCACAUCUCAAUUCAAAUCUCAUUCCUUCCUGAUGAAACCCAUUGAGAUCUGCAGUGUACAAGGGAAUCAUCCCGUGGGUAGGAUAUCAAUGACCAAAGGGAAACCCUCAAAAAUUCUCAUUCAGUUCCCCAAGGACCUGGAGGUUAAAAUGAAAGCUGUGAUCCUGGCCACCUACCUGUAUAUGAAAUUUCGUGUGAAUGAGAUUAACAGUCAACAAAACUCUGCUUCUGCUAAUGCUGGACGAAGCUGGAGUGGUGGAGGCUUGAGUGUUGGAGCAGGCUGGGCAGGUGGAGGAGGCUGGAGUGGUGGAGGAGGCUGGAGUGGUGGAGGAGGCUGUGGUAGUGGUGGGGCCUGCAGUGGUGGAGCUUGUGGUGGGGGCUGUUGAUGAGAUGAUUGUACAAUUGUAGGCUUAAAAAAAUGUAUCUUAUAAUAAACUAUUUAGGCCAGUGCUGAUAAACUUCUGCUAAGGGGGAUGGUCCUCAUGCAUCUCAACAUUCUUUCUAAAAUUGAGUUCAGUGAUGUUAUCUUUUUUCCAGUCCUGGAAAUCUACAGACAUGAUGAGUUCUCUAUCCCUGCUCAUAAAGUCCUACUCUGUAAUUCACUGCGAUAUUUGGUGUAAAUCUGGAAGGUCACAUUAAUGAACUAAUCCAAUAAAUGUCUUUAAUUUU